UCCUCUUAGUCCUCGUCCUCUGUAACCAUGACCACCAUCUGAUUAUUCAGGACUUCCCUUAUUCCUUCAUAAUCUUCCUUAUCUUCGGUCACCAGGUACCAGGAACCUCCGGUCCUGAGCACCACUCUCAUCCACGUGGGUUCUAGAGCCUCUUACGCACAGAGUGCCUGCUAAAUGACUGGGAUAACCUGUCGGGCUCCGUUAGUGAUUUUCGCUAUCCACGCAUGCAGCGACGUUGUGGAACAUUUCCAUCUUGUGCGAUGGCAGGGAUCCAGAAUUGUUAAUAGGUCUUGAGCAGGCAAAUUCCCGGUGCAGAUUUCCUGUAAUAUCAAUCCCUGUUCUCAUUCUCACGGCCAAUACAUUUUCCGGAACAUUUAUAGAAGAGACUACAAGGACUUUUAACCCCCUUCAAACAUGUAGUAAUAUCUUAUAUUACCACAUGGAAAUAAUUAUUGGGGAUCGUUUGAAAAGGGGGUUCGAAAUAAAACACAAGAAAACCACUUCAGUCAAAAAUGGAUGAUAGAAACGCCAGGUAUUGAUUAAGCAUUGGCAUUAGUUAUCUUAUCUUCUCUUCAGGCUCCUUGUGUCUUGAAAUAAGCGGUGGCUUAAAGAGCAGCCAUCCCACAUUAAUUAAAUCUGCUUUAUUUGUGUGAAGGGUUGAGGUUUCCUCUCUGGUUGGGAUUGAUGCUGGGUUUCCUGAAGAGCCCAUUUUAAACACUUUCCUGCAGUUUGUUUUCUAAGGAUGACUGAUUGGACAUCUGACCUUCCGAACGCGCCGCUGAGAAAGUGUGACAUCAAACAGGAUGUGAGAUCACAGUCACACGCGGGUCAUGAGGGGGAAAGAGGGAGAGGGUCACUGCUCCAUUCAAACACUCGAUUCUCUCUUGCACUCUCUCUCUUUUGACCCACUUUUUUGGUCUUCUCUUUUUCACUCUUUCCAGGAAUUCUCUUUGCAAAUUAUGAGUGAACAUCCAUAUAUUAGGACAUUCCUAAAUGUCCCAGUCUGUUCCCAUGGAGACGCACAUAGCUCUGAUUAGGAAAAUGGGGCCACUGUAUUUUUCUUUUCCUUUUUUUCUUUCAUGCUCUGGGUUGUUAAUGGUGGAAACUUAAUUGAAAAAAUGUCGACCAGCCAAUGAAAUGGACAUAUAUAGGGAAGGCUCCAGUUUGUGGUUGAGCAUCCCUUUGAACUCUCAAUGUCACUUCCUGGGCCCUUAGGCUUUUCAAGUAAAUCCCCACAGAUGUGUGAGGCUAAUUCACAGUUUCACAACGCUGCUUGUCUUUAAAAUUCCUCUACCCUCCCCUUAAAAAGUUAGUCUCCGUUUGAAGUGUGGAUAGCAAACAGCAUGGCUGCUCAUUUCAUUGCCUCCUUCCUCUUUGUUACAAGACUGUCCGCCAAUCAACACUCAAAUAUCCAAAAGGGUGUCUUAUCAAAUAUCCUGCAUAAAGCCAUUUAUUUAUUUUUACAGAGGCAUACAUACGUUUCUUUAAAUCAAUACAAGAUUUUAGUGUUGUAUUCGUUUUGGAUAAACAUUUCCCGACACGUGUCGUUGUUGACAAUAUCGAAGUACUGUAUCUGGGGGUCUGUAUUAUGUAACUAAUUCUUGAACACAAUCAUGUUGACCUCUAGUGGCGUCCUGAAUAAACUGCAACUGUUAUUGUCCCAGUUUGUUUUGAUAUAUGAAGCACGCUGCGUAGCGAUGUUUUUCUUCAUCACGGUGAUUGUUUUGAUUAGAUAUUUAGCUAAAAGAUUGCGACCCUAUAAAACGAUAGAAUAAAGUCAAUCCUUUUGUAAAAAGCGCGCAUUAAAUUGUGAUAAUCCCCGUUUUUGUUUAUUUGUUUAAUUACCGUGUUAAUACAAUUAUAUCAAACCUCGAUUAAAGAAUUAAUGUCCAUCUUUUUAUCUCAGUAAUUAAGUAAUUAGUGAUAAAAAGGUAGUAAAGUCAUGGUGUAUGGUCCAGACAAAGGGAAUAGUCCUCCAGAAUCAGGAGAAGGGAGCUUAGCGAAUAGAAUCUCACGGGGGGCGGGGAGUUGGAUACUUCGGGGGCGUAUAAUAUUCCGUAGGCUCUUAAAUGAUAACGCACCUAUUUAUUGAUUAAACCGAACGCUCAACUUCAGUUGGUGACUUUUGUUUGGGUCAGGACACAGCUCUUGUCGUAUUAUCUUCAGGACUGUAUUUAAAAUAUAUCAACAAUACAAUUUAUCGAGUAACAUAGGAGAUGGCGACUAUGUUUAGAUACCCCGUCUUUCCCCAUCUGCAGGAUCGGCGUGACCCGGGUCCACCUCUGUCCGCGGGGAGGAGCAGUGCCAUGGCGGAGCCAGACUACCUGGAGGGUGACUGUGACGAGCUCAUCAGACCCAAGAAGCUCAUCAACCCCGUGAAGACGUCCCGCAACCACCAGGACCUCCACCGCGAGCUGUUCAUGAACCAGAAGAGGGGCCUGGCGCCGCAGAACAAACCAGAGCUGCAGAAGGUUCUGGAGAAGAGGAAGAGGGAGCAGGUCCUCAAGGCCCAGAAGGAGGAACACGAGGCGCACAAGAAGAAGAGCGACCUGGAGAUAGAGCUGAUGAAGAGACAGCAGAAGCUAGAACAGCUGGAUCUCGAUCAGCAGAAGAACGAGGAGGAGCAGGAGAACACCCCCGAGUUUGUGAAGAUGAAAAGCAACCUGAGGAGAACCAAGCAGGAGACGGACGGAGAGGAACGGACCACCUAGUGUGUGUGUGUGUGUGUGUGUGUGUGUGUGUGUGUGUGUGUGUGUGUGUGUGUGUGUGUGUGUGUGUGUGUGUGUGUGUGUGUGUGUGUGUGUGUGUGUGUGUGUGUGUGUGUAAGAGAGAGUGUUUGUUGUCGGUUGCACAUUGAUGGUCAGCUGACCUCUUGCCUGUGAAACCACUUCCUGGUUUGCUUCCUCCGAGCCGUUGAGGGAGAGAGAGACAGAACUUUACAGACUUUUCAAGAAGACCCCUCUGUCUGCCUGCCGGCUACCAACCUAUCGGUGUCUCCCACCCAUCCAGAACGCAACACCACCACCUACAGGCGGGAGAGUGAAAUACAGAGACACAUGACCUGUUACAAGCCAGUCGCAAAGUGUUACCAUGAAUCCAGUGUGGACCGAUCCCAAGGAAGGGAGGGUUGAAUGGGGGUGGGAGAUUGGUCAUCCAUUACACACACAGGGUUCUCCUUUUUAGCUUCCAGUUCUUCCCUAGUAUCUCUUCUGAACCUUCUGUUGUUGAUGUUGGUGUUGUUAUGGUUAAAACAUUGUUUUAUUUGUAUUGUUUUAUUUUUCAUCUUAAGAAUCAAAUGACAAACAAAACGGACACUGGAUGGACUCUCCACGCUUUGUAUUAUAAAAGCCAAAAUGAUGUGUUAUUUAUGUUUGUAGCUUUUAGCCCAGGUGAACGGAGCGCGCUCUUUGUCUGUUCCUCAGCUUGGUUUUUGUGAACCCUGAACAAGACAUCCAAUGUUUUGUGUAAAACACAUAACUGAAUUUAGUUUUAAUCUCUUCGACAUUUCAGAAACAUGCCAUUUCCUUUGCUAAUGCAAUUUUGAGCAAUAUAAGAAAUCCCAGGUGUGAGGUUGUUGCCUUCUUCAUGUGUUCUGUUGUUUUUCUAUGAAUAAAUUGUUACUAAAUAAUUGAUUUAAAUUAGCUGAAGCGAGAAUGAGCGUAACCACAAGUGUGGCAUGGUUAUUCUUUGUGUGCGUUAAGAAACAAAUAUUUUAUAGACUCCAUAAAGGAUCAAUGAAAUAUAUUGUUAAAAUAACAUCUAUUCAAAUGGCCAGACGUCCCUGGUAUAGCAUCUGACCGAUGGCUCCGUCGUUAAUAAGAAAGGAUAGGUACCUUGCGCUGGAGGGCAGUGAGUAUAAGAAAACCUAUGAGAAAAAUGUAUCCGCUAAUUCCUAUGCGAGCGACCACCACGUCGCUUUUACAUAUAGAUUUGAUGGCAUUUAGCAGACGCCAUUAUCCAAAGAGACCUACAACUUUUCAUACACACGGACUUGCAACUGUUCAUGCAUACAUUCACAUAGCGACAUAUAACGAUGCAACGAUAACCCUAAAUUGUGUCCAUUGUGAUCAACUGCCCUCCACAAGCUCUCUCUAUCUACCACGCGGUGGCGACAUAGGCCUACUUUUAAAAAAAUGAAGAAGAUAUUGAGACACAACACAAAAGAGGUAUAAUUCGUCUUCCCCGUAAGUGUUUGCAGAACAGAAACUGCCUGACGUUCUUGCAUAUCUUUUUGUAAUAGUUAAAUUAUUAAAUAAUGUAAUACAUAUUUUUU